AAUAAAUAUAUAUACACAUCUAAAUGUUUCUUUAAUACAUACAUGUGUGUUUGUAUAGACCGUUUCAGCAGUAACAAUAUAAACAAGCGGCUGUCACGGUCCGCACGUAACUUCCGGUAAACUCCGCUAAGAAUAAAUAACAACAAAGUUCUUUAAACGUAGUUUAUUUAUAUAACAAGCAAAAAAACAACACAUAGAUUACCUAGGAAACCAAAACAUUUGUUAUUUUUGACGAGGCAUUCGUUCAAGAGAUUAGUUUAGUAACUAGUCAGACCAUUAAAAAAACGAAACCGGAAGUAAGGUUCGGAUCCAGACGUGUAUCACGUGCGUCCAAUGAAACCGUCUAUACAUGUGUGUGUGUGUGUGUGUGUGUGUGUGUGUGUGUGUGUGUGUGUGUGUGUGUGUGUGUGUGUGUGUGUGUGUGUGUGUGUGUGUGUGUGUGUGUGUGUGUGUGUAUAUAAUAAUUACACAGAGAACUCAAAUAUUAGGCAAAAACUCACUAUUAUCUUCUAUGUGAUUAAUCUUUGCCCACCACUAAUUAUUAUCAUUAUUUAUAUACAGUACUGUGCAAAAGUCUUAGGCCACCACCACCAUGUUGUUUAAGAAGUUUUAAUGUCUUCAUUUAUAUUUAUUUUUCAAUCUAUUGUAUUAAGAUAAAAACAGAAAAUACAGGAAAUAUGUACAAAAAAAAUUAAAAUUCAGGACUAAAUGUCUUCUUUAGGCAUCGUCGGUGUUGGCACUAAAUACAUCUUGAGCUUUUUGAGCAGAAUGAAGUAAAAAUACUAAUUUCUUUAAAAUUAGAAAUUAGGAUUUAAUUUCAUUUAGGUUUAAGAGAUCCUGCAGUUUCCUGCUCCUGCUCAAGUGGAAAUGGAGUUUACCCUAAAAACUUGACACAUCAGUUUACAUUUUUAUACAGUUUUUAAUAUUAUAUGCACAUUUCCUGUAUUUAGAAACAAUUAUGUAUGAUCACUAUAACAUUGCAAAAACAACAAAUCUUAUUCUGGCAUGGCGGCUUUAGACUUUUGCACAGUACUGUAUGUUUCAUAGCAACCCAAAACCUUUUUGUUUGUCGUUUUCAAUUAGGGAUAAGGUAGCCCUACAGAGACGGAUGUUAUUGUAAAAUAAAUUUUAUAACGAUCGACUGAACUCCUUCCUGCUUAUUAGAAGGCUACAUGCCACAUGAUAAACAAUUGGGCAUUAAAUAUUGAUUUGAAACAUUUUAGUAACUCAUUUGAUUUAAAAACGCUGCGAUGUUCAACCACUAGAGGGAGGCAUUAACAAGUCUAUGAUGUAUGUGGGCGCGUGAUGUAACGUGAUGUUAUUCAAACGUAUAGAGCCCAGGGUGAUGAUAGUAGUAACAGGGAUCGGAAAUUCAUAUUAUAAAAAUAAUAUAAUUACUAACAAACGUGGAAAUUUGCCGUUUGAAUUUAGAAACUGAUCACCAAGGUGCAAGCAACACAUAAACGUUCUCAUUGCCUGUUGUUCUCCACUCGGCCAGCGAGGGCGCUCAGAGGUAUAAUUUCAACACAACGGAACUGUCCAAUCACGACCAUCAAGUCGAAGUGAUGUCACUUCCGCGACAAUAGGGUCAGCGUGACAGAUUUAUCAACAAAAACAAGCCCGACGCGGAAAGGGAAAACCGUACAGAUCAAAGUGCAAAAUUCAAAUUCAAACGACAUGUCAACUGACCGUCAGUAGGCUUCUGUGAAGCACAGUGUCUCUGCGAGGAGCUGCUCAUUUAGUUUGUAUCUCUAAGCUCCCUUAAGAUAACCAAAGGACAUUGAACUGGGCCAAGUCACUACACUCGUGCACGGCCAUACUGUAUCAGGCUCUGACUGUGGACCUGUGAGGACAAGUAGCACACCAGCUGCAGAAGGUGCGUGACGUGGGCCAACAUAAUGGAAGCCUCUGGGAUAGAAGGCCGCACCUUUAUGCAGGCGAUAAGUGAAAAAUACAGCCCAGAGAACUUCCCCUGCCGUCGAGGCCCAGGUAUGGGUGUGGUGGUUGUGCCUUCAAGGCAACAGGUAUCACCUAUGAAAGAUCGUCUGAACCUGCCCAGUGUGUUGGUGUUACAUGGCUGUGGAAUCAGUCACGCAGGAGAUGAGGGAGAAAUCGCUGCCUUCUGUGCCCACGUAGUUGAACUCGACCUGUCCCACAACAAACUUCAGGACUGGCAUGAGAUCAACAAGAUUGUUUCCAACAUCCCGAACCUGGAGUUCUUGAACCUCAGCUCUAAUAAACUGUGUAAUGCAGUCUUGGAUCCCGACUGUGCUAAGGCUUUCUUCAGGAUACGUCGUUUAGUUCUUAACAAUACUCAAGUGUCCUGGGACACAGUGAACACUUUCACACGAGAGAUGCCUGAGCUAGAGGAAUUGUUCCUAGGCCUUAAUAAGUACACCACUGUGACACCUUUUCCCUUGCCCUGCUCCACACUGCGCCUGCUCCACGUCACAGACAACAACCUGCAUGAGUGGAACGAGGUGCGAAAAAUCGGCUCUAUGUUCCCUGCUUUAGACACUCUGAUCAUGGCCAACAACAACCUGAGCUCCAUUAAGGACUCGGGAGAAAUCCUUCGCCGACUCUUUCCUGAACUACGAAGCAUCAACCUGCACAACUCAGGACUUAAUCAUUGGGAGGACAUUGAGAAGCUAAACUGUCUACCCAAACUAGAAGAAGUGAGGAUACAAGGUAUUCCUCUGCUUCAGGCCUACACAGAUGCAGAGCGUCGAAGUCUUGUGAUAGCCCAUCUGCCUUCGGUGACCUCCCUGAAUGGGAGUGUCGUGACGACUGGAGAGAGAGAGGACGCAGAAAGGUUUUUCAUCCGUUAUCACUUAGAUCAUUCAGAGGAAGAGCUGCCACACAGAUAUCACUGCUUGGUGACCAAGUAUGGGAAACUGGCUCCUCUGGCUGAGAUUGACUUGCGUCCACGUUGCCAUGCCAAGGUGGAGGUGCGCUAUGAAGACAAAGUGCAGGAGCUGAGUAUCCGGUUGGACCAGACCGUGGCGGAGCUAAAGAAACAGUUAAGGACAGUAGUGCAGCUCUCCACCAGCAACAUGCGACUUUAUUACAUCGACAAGGGCUCCGCCUUUGGGCCCGAUGAGUUGAAAUACAGCACAAGGGCUUUGCACUCUUAUAGCAUGCAAGAUGGGGAUGAGAUUCUGGUGGUUGCCAAAACAAAAUAGCUGUCGUGCCCUAGGAUCACCGAUCGUUGAAUUUAAAUGACCAAAUUUACUUUAAAAUAGUGCCACCGGGGCUUCACAGAGUGUAUGAGACUGACUUUCAGGGAAGUUAAACAAAAGCUAAGCUCAUCAGAUUUUCCAGGGAGCCAAGGAUGUUUUAGUUGUUCAUAUGCAGCAUUUAUCGUUUUACACCACUAUUACCAGAAACGCUACAAGUUGUGUACACCUUGGAUUUUGGUCUCCUAUUUGUCUUAAAGGUCCAGUGUGUGUUUGAGUGGCAUCUAGUGGUGAGAUUGUGAAUUGCAACCAACCUCAAUUUCGAAGUGCAUAGACAAGCUACGGUAGCUUCCCCAGGGCAAACAUGUCAUCGUCUGAGACAACGUAGGGACGAAACACAUUCUGUAGAACCGUUUAGAGCUACUUCCAUGUAAGGGGACCUGCGGUGUAUGUUGAUAUAAAUGGUUCAUUCUAAAGUAAUAAAAACAAUACACUUCAUUAUGUAAGGUCUUUAUACACCACUUAUAAUAUAGUUAUGUAUAUUAUAUUGCAUUUCUAUCAAGAGAUCAUUCUAAAAGCUACACAAUGCACCUAUAAGACAAACAGCGCUGAUAAAGCAGAGUGGAGGGCACUGGCAGGCAGCCCACAAUGUGCAUUUUAAACAUCCAACAAGACAAUCACCUUUAGCUUAAAAUACUGACUAAAAUGUCUAAUUAAAAGAAAAUACUGCACUGCACUGGUGUCUUAGUCAUUGAAAGUCAUGUCCAUUGCCUGCUGAUAUGUGUCAUAUGCUGUAUCAGCCAUUACAUACAUGCAAAAGACUCUCAGGCCUUCUAUAUCUCAUAUAUGGGCAGUACUUCAAAUAAGAAAAGUUUUGGCUUAUUCACAUUUAUCUUUGAGUACUCUUAAAUGUCUAAUUUAUUUGAUCUACUUUAUGAUCAGAGUGUUGCAUGUUUUUCUUUUUCAUAUGAUUUUUAUUAGUAAUUUGUGCAGCUUUUAUUUAUGUAUUGACUGAUUGAUGUUCAAUACAAUACAAAAAGACACAUCAGUAGCAAAUGAAUCAUGUCGUAUGGCUGCAUCCAUCCUGUAGAAUAAUAUAACCAGGGGUUGUGGCUCCUGCAUUAAAUAUUUAAAACCUUAUUGACUUAUUGAUACUGCAGAUAAAGUAUUUGCUUCACGUGCAAUGCCAGACUGUUUCCUUAUGUCGCAAAAUAUGUCAGUCAGUGUCAGACAUAGUAAGUUUAUUCUUAUUAUCAGGAUAAUGCCAGCACAUGAUUUGUUUAAAUUUAGUUCUAUAAUCAGAUUAUUGUGUCCGGUUUAACAGUAUAAGCUGGGUUUAGCUGAUCUAUUGCAGUCAAUCUUCCUCAUUGAAUAAGUUAGUGACUGCCAUGUAACAUGAUUUGACAUGAAGGAUUUUUUAUUGUUAUUUGAAGUUAUUGAACGAAUACUGACAUUAUUUUAGACUGAGUAACACUCAAUGCAUUUGAGUUUAAUUGCACUGAAAUUUUAGUAAUGCUUAGGUUAGUAAUAGAUUAAAUUGUCUUAUGUACUGAAUACUUAUAUAUAUAUAUAUAUAUAUAUAUGAUAUCAAAAGUAUAUAAAGUUCAGAUUAUACAAUCCUCUAUGCCUUUAACAUUCGUUUUGCCUUUACCUGCUCCCCCAGUCUAGCAUUAAAGGAGUAUGAAGCAGUGCUUUCUACAUAGAGAAUUCUCUUUUAGAGUAUCAAUAUUUUAUCCUCUGUGCCCACAUAGGAUGUGCUACGGAUAUUAGCGUUUCCCUUUUGCAUAACUAUUUUAUGAUUUUUUUUGCAAAAUAUAUGCAUUAUUCAUAGUCUCAAUUAAUUUAUAUCCUUAAGGCAAUGUCACUUAAACUGUGACCGCAUAUGAAGUGUGAAGACAGAAAUAGACAGAAAUAGUUUUCUUCUAUGAAUCUGCUGAAAUUUAGGCAAGUGUUACUGUUAAUUGCCAUUUUGCCAGCAAUUUUUAGCUAGUGUUGACUCAGAACAAUUUACGUUACUAUUAUUCAUUUUACUGUGACUCAGAAUUCAACUGUAUGGUUUACAAAUUGUAUAUUUUACACUUUCUUUGCUCUCGGAUUACAUGCUCUCUGCUUAGUUGUACAUUUGCAGCCACUAAUGUAUUAAUUUUACAGACAUCAUGGAUACUGAUGAUGUGUAAAAGGCUUUUAAACGUCAAAUGAAUGAUUAAUGUGAGAUAGCUAUUUAUCUAAUGGUUGCAUUAUGCUUGUUAUUGUAAUGAACACUGAAAUACUUGAGAGUUGCACAGUCACACCAUUACAGUUUCAAAUUAAAUUUGACUGUUUUAUACCACUGAUUUGCCAGCAUAUGUGUGCACUUAUGCUGAUGUGUAUCUGAUUGAAGUUGAAUGGAGUGGCUCAAAAGAAACAAUAAAGUUUAUUGACUGU